AUGUCGCGGAGGCUGCUGCCCCGGGCGGAGAAGCGGCGUCGGCGGCUGGAGCAGAGGCAGCAGCCGGACGAGCAGCGGAGGCGGUCGGGAGCGAUGGUGAAGAUGGCGGCGGCGGGCGGCGGAGGCGGCGGUGGCCGCUACUACGGCGGCGGCAGUGAGGGCGGCCGAGCCCCUAAGCGGCUCAAGACGGACAACGCUGGCGACCAGCACGGAGGCGGCGGCGGCGGCGGUGGAGGAGCCGGGGCGGCGGGCGGCGGCGGCGGGGAGAACUACGAUGACCCACACAAAACCCCUGCCUCCCCAGUUGUCCACAUCAGGGGCCUGAUUGACGGUGUGGUGGAAGCUGACCUUGUGGAGGCCUUGCAGGAAUUUGGACCCAUCAGUUAUGUGGUAGUAAUGCCUAAAAAGAGACAAGCGUUGGUGGAGUUUGAAGACGUGUUGGGGGCUUGCAACGCUGUGAACUACGCAGCCGACAACCAGAUCUACAUUGCUGGCCACCCAGCUUUUGUCAAUUACUCUACCAGCCAGAAGAUCUCCCGCCCCGGGGACUCGGAUGACUCCCGGAGUGUCAACAGUGUGCUUCUCUUCACCAUCCUGAACCCAAUCUAUUCCAUUACCACGGAUGUUCUUUAUACUAUCUGCAACCCUUGUGGUCCUGUCCAGAGAAUUGUUAUUUUCCGGAAGAAUGGAGUCCAGGCCAUGGUGGAGUUUGAUUCUGUGCAGAGUGCCCAGCGGGCCAAGGCCUCACUCAAUGGGGCUGACAUUUACUCGGGCUGUUGCACUCUGAAGAUUGAAUAUGCGAAGCCCACACGUUUGAAUGUGUUCAAGAACGAUCAGGAUACUUGGGACUACACAAACCCCAAUCUCAGUGGACAAGGUGACCCUGGCAGCAACCCUAACAAACGCCAGAGACAGCCCCCUCUCCUGGGAGAUCACCCCGCAGAAUAUGGAGGGCCCCACGGUGGGUACCACAGCCAUUACCAUGAUGAGGGCUACGGGCCCCCCCCACCUCACUACGAAGGGAGAAGGAUGGGCCCACCAGUGGGGGGUCACCGUCGGGGCCCUCGCUACGGCCCCCAGUAUGGGCACCCCCCACCCCCUCCCCCACCACCCGAGUAUGGCCCUCACGCCGACAGCCCUGUGCUCAUGGUCUAUGGCUUGGAUCAAUCUAAGAUGAACUGUGAUCGGGUCUUCAAUGUCUUCUGCUUGUAUGGCAAUGUGGAGAAGGUGAAAUUCAUGAAAAGCAAGCCAGGGGCCGCCAUGGUGGAGAUGGCUGAUGGCUAUGCUGUGGACCGGGCCAUUACUCACCUCAACAACAACUUCAUGUUCGGGCAGAAGCUGAACGUCUGUGUCUCCAAGCAACCGGCCAUCAUGCCCGGGCAGUCCUACGGGCUAGAAGACGGGUCCUGCAGUUAUAAAGACUUCAGCGAAUCCAGGAACAAUCGUUUCUCUACUCCAGAGCAGGCAGCCAAGAACCGCAUCCAGCACCCUAGCAAUGUGCUACACUUCUUCAAUGCCCCUCUGGAGGUGACUGAGGAGAACUUCUUCGAGAUCUGUGACGAGCUGGGAGUGAAACGGCCAUCUUCUGUGAAAGUAUUCUCAGGCAAAAGUGAACGCAGCUCCUCUGGGCUGCUGGAGUGGGAAUCCAAGAGCGAUGCCCUGGAGACUUUGGGCUUCCUGAAUCAUUACCAGAUGAAAAACCCAAAUGGUCCAUACCCUUACACUCUGAAGUUGUGUUUCUCCACCGCUCAGCACGCCUCCUAA